UCGUAAUAACCACAAUAUUUUUAAUAUUAAUUUUGAAAAAAAUAAUAUUCAUAAUUUAUUCAAUAUAAUAUAAAAAUAUUUUAGUGAAUUUUGUAAUUGAUCCAUUUGAUUGUGAAAGUGCAAAGAAAUUGAAGCAAAAUCUUAUCUGUAUGACUGAGUGCUCAGCUAAGAAAUGGAAUGUGGUUAAUGAUAAUGGUGAAUUAGAUCGUAAUAAGAUGAUUGAAAAAUUAAAAAGUAGUUUUACCGAAGAACAAUGGAAAUUAGAAAAAACUGAAGAAAUUGUUGAUAAAUGUUUGGUUGAAGCAAAAGAGAAAUUAACAAAUGAAAAAAAUGAAUGUAGUCAAGAAGCAUUAACAAUGCUUCAUUGUAUUUGGAAGGAAUUUAAUCAAUAUUGUCCAAAAGAUUUACAAGUCGAUUCAGUCAAAUGUAAUAAACUACGUGAAAAAAUUACUAAAAAUGAUGAAGCCUAUUUAAGAUUGGCUCAUUUUCACCAACUUAUUCAUAUGUAUCAAAAAGAAGAAUAAUGCAGUGUCAAAAACUUUUGUUUUUUGAAUUAUAACAUCAAAUACUAUGAAUAUUUUAUUAUUGAAAUAUAAAU